AUGGAAGAAUUAAAAUUGCCGUAUAAUUUUUCCGAGGUAGAUGUUGGAAAAAAAGAUUCUGAAGGUAGAGUUGCACUUCAUUAUGCUGCCUCAAAUAGUGAUGUUGAUAUUAUUGAAAAAAUAUUUCUUAAAGAUAAGACACUUAUUAAUGCUAUGGAUAAUAAUGGGCAAAGUCCUAUUACAAUGGCAGUAAUUAAUGGUAAUUUAAUGGCAGUUGAAUUUUUUUAUAAUCAUGGUGUUUCUGUUGACCAGUAUGAUAAUGAAAGACAUUCUAUUGUUCAUUGGGCAGUAGUUUGUGGACAAUUAGAAGUUUUACAAUUGUUAUUAAAAGCAGGGGCAUCUAUUAAUGUACCAGAUUUAUAUGGUGCAUAUCCAUUACAUUAUGCUACUGUAAUUGAAGAUAUAUCAGAGGAAAAAAAUAUAGCAAUUCUUCAUCUUCUUAUAAGAACAGGAAAUGAAGUCGAUCUUUAUGAUAUUGAUAAAAGGACUCCAGCUGCUUGGGCAACCUCCCAAGGCAAUUUAGAGGCACUGAAACUUCUUAUAAGUUCUGGUGCAGAUAAACAUCAUAUAGAUAAAGAUAAACUAAAUUUAUUACAUUGUGCCGCUAGUCAUGGUCAUGAGCAUGUACUUGAAUAUCUUUUAAAAAUUGUAGAUAGAAAGUUAGUAAAGGGAAGAGAUCGUAAUGGUGAUACACCAUUAUAUUAUUCAUCUGCAUUUGGUCAUAUUGAAUGUACAAGAUUAUUAUUAAAAUAUAAAGCAGAUCCAAAUGUUCAAGAUUAUAGAUUAAGAACACCAUCACAUUGUGCAGCAAUUAAAGGAAAUUUACAAAUAUUAAAAUUAUUAAGACAAUAUGGUGCUUCAUUUAGUAUGGUAAAUUAUAAUGGUGAUUUACCAUUUCAUGAAGCUGUACAAUGUGGUAGUAAAGAUGUUGUAGAAUAUUUAUAUACAGAAAAUGUUGAAUGUAUUUCAGCUGUAAAUAAUCAAGGUAUAAGUGCAUUACAUAUAGCAGCAGCUACAGGAAAUAUGGAAAUUGUUGUAUUUUUAGCAAGUAAAGGAGCAGAUUAUAAUGGUAUUAUGAUGAGAGGAGAUAAAUUAAUGACACCAUUAGAUAUUGCAGAAAGUCGAAAUCAUGAGGAUGUAGCUAAUUUUUUAAGAACUGUUCAUAGAGCAAGAAGAGCAAGUGACAUGCCAGAAAAAAUACGCCGUUCCUCUCAAGCAACAAUUGAAAGACAAAAUAGUAAGGUAAAAGAAUUGUUAGCAGAAUGUGAUGGUAUAGAUUCAGUUGAUGAAAAAUCAAUUGAUGGUGACAAUGAUAGUGGUAGUGAUAUUGAUAAUGAUUGUGAAGAAAAUAAAAAAACUAAAGAAGAUGAAGAAAAUGAGGAGUUACGUUCUUUAAUAUCAAAUUCAAAUAUUCUUAAUAAAAAAAAUUCAAAUACAAGUUCAUUAAAUAGUUACAAUUCAGAAAUAGCUGAAUUUUUAACAAAAAAACUUGUAGAUGAUUCAAUAAAACAUGCAAAACAUAUAGCUGAUAUUAGUGAAGAUGAAAAUGAAUGUAUUAAAAAAGCAGAAGAAGGAAUUAGUGAUGAAAGUCCAGAAAUGAUAGAAAAAAUAUCAAAAGGAUGUCAAACAUUUAAUAGUCCUAAAAAUCGUGUAUCACUUACAAAAAAAGAAAGAGACGAAAAAUUAAAUAAAAAAACUGAUGAAGAUGAUCGAAAAAGUGACUAUGACUUAUUAGUUGAUUAUGAAAAUAAAACAGGAAAUAAAAGACUUCCAAAAUAUGAGAAAGAAGCAAAAAUUUUACAUGAAAAAGCUAUUUUUGAUGAAUUAACACAUUUAAAAAAGACACAAUUACAAUAUGGAAAAGUUCAGGAAAAAACAUUAGUUAAAACAUUGAUAGAAAAUUUUUGUAAAAUGCAUAAAUUACCAGUGGAACAAUUUAAAUUUACAACAUUUUAUUCUUGGGAAAAAUUUUUAUAUGAAUCCCUUACAGAUCAAUUAAAAGUAUUAUAUCUUGAGGAGAGGGAACGAAUCCAAAAUGUGGUAAGGAAUAAUGCUGGAAAUAAGGCUGCUGGAAUAACAUUUGAAUCAAAAAUAAGAAAUGCCACACCAUUAAAUGAUAAAAUUCGUGAAUUGGGAAGAAUAUACUCCACAGCAUCAUUAUCAUCCAUUGGAAAUGCCUACCUACCACAUAAUCGUCUUCCAUUAUCCAAAAAUAAUAAAAAAACUAAAAAGAGUUGUGUUUGUAAUAAAGAAAAAAAAAUAAAGGAAAAUUUAUAA